AUGGUUAAGUAGCAAUAAAAUCAGAAAACGUGUUUAUGUGGCAUAUUAUGCAGUUAUAUAUCUUUAGAUCCUGAAUGAUGAAGGGGGCAUAUGCGUCAUUCGCUAUCUUUUAUAAAUAUAACUCACAGUCGCCGAAGCUGACGAGGAGCAACAGAGUAGUAAGUAGUAACAGGCACGUUCUCUCCGCCCAAAUAUACAAACUGGAGACUGGAGAGGAAUAUCUCAAAACGAGAUGCGAGUUGUCAGAAUCUCAUGCGUCGGAACACGUCAUCUUUCACCACCCUCCUCCGCCUCCGCUUCCGCCCAUUCUGACGUCUCUGCCUCCUCGGCCGGGCUGAGUAAUGCAGAUGCAGAGGAUGCGAGUUGUGGUGGCACUGGCACGCCGAGUUUGAGAAUCAAGAAGAGGCUAACAUGUGUGUGCUUCUACCGCAAGAGAGCUUACGAGCGCAUCUGCUCUAACUUAACACCAUUGCAGGAAGAAAGACUGAAGAGGCUGACAAAGAGAAUGAAUAAUUGCUUCGAUGCGUCGCGGCCUGACCAUCAGGAUGCACUGAGAGCAUUGUGGUCAGCAACGUAUCCCGAGAAAAAGCUUGAGGCUUUAAUAUCAGAUCAGUGGAAAGAUAUGGGAUGGCAAGGAAGAGAUCCAUCCACUGAUUUCAGAGGAGGUGGAUUCAUAUCACUGGAGAAUCUUCUCUUCUUUGCCAAGACAUUCCCGACUUCGUUUCAGCGUCUUUUAAAGAAACAAGGAGGUAAAAGGGCGGCUUGGGAGUAUCCAUUCGCUGUAGCUGGUGUCAACAUUACCUUCAUGAUCAUGCAAAUGCUCGACCUAGAAGCCUCAAAGCCUAGGACUUUUAUAGGGUCGGUAUUCUUACAAAUGCUAUCAGAAAACGAAUGGGCCUUUGAUUUGCUUUAUUGCGUGGCCUUUGCGGUGAUGGACAAACAAUGGCUAGACAGGAACGCCACCUACAUGGAAUUCAAUGAUGUGUUGAGAUGUACGAGGGCGCAGCUGGAGAGAGAACUGAUGAUGGAUGAUGUUUUCAGGAUCGAAGAUAUGCCUUCCUUCUCUCUUCUCUCUUAGUCUUUUACCUAUCAAGUUCUUGAUUUGUCACUCAUAGAGUUAGACUACUUCAAGGAAGGAAACACAAAGAGGUCUAUUUUCUUAGGAAUAUCUGACCUGCGAGAUGAGUGAACAAGUUUGAUAUAAAUUGUUGUAAUCUGAAUAUACUUAUCAUGUACAAGCAUUCAAAAUUAAUUGACUUAUGUCGGAGCCACA